GGAAUAUCGAUAAGCAUACAUGAAAACGGUUUCCUAUUACUUGACAUGCAAGUUUUGUUCAUCUUCAAGCAAUUUUUCAAAUAUCUUUUGCUUUCGUUCAUCUCCUCAAAUACCUCUCUCACAUUCUUCUCUUUCCAAACCUGAACUCAAAACAAAAUCUUUUAGCAAAUUAUUAACCCCUUUUGUCCUUCAAUGGAUCAACGUGAAGAAGGCAAACAACAACCAUCCCAGAAAACACCAUCAGACAAUCAGCUUGACCCAGUUGAUAGUUCUGACAAUAUUGCUCCAGAAAAUGGUUAUCAGGAGCAAAGUGGCACAUUCACAACGUUUGCAUCAUUAGAAAGUGGAACUGAGAGUGAGUCCUCUUUGGAUGACCAUGAUGAAGAUUCUGACUUUUUUCUGAGCCAGGAGUUUGAAUCUGAACUUCAGUUUCUUGAGAGCGAAGGGAGCAAUGAUGAUGAUGAUGAUGAUGAAGAAAUGGAGGAAGAUGAGAUCGAUGUGGAUGAGUUGACCUAUGAGGAGUUGAUUGAGUUGGGAGAUUUUAUAGGGCGAGAGAAGAGAGGGUUAUCAGGAAGUGAAAUUUGUUCAUGCUUGCAUUCUUACAGUUUUCAUUCUGCAGAAAGCAAAAGUGGAGUUGAUCUUUGUGUGAUUUGCCAGGUUGAAUAUGAAGAAGGUGAAGCCCUAGUAGCAAUUCAGUGUGAGCACCCUUAUCAUACAGAUUGCAUAAGCAAGUGGCUUCAAAUUAAGAAGGUUUGCCCUAUAUGCAACACUGAAAUUUCUGCUCCCAAGGUAGUUAGUUAAGAAUUCUUUGGAUUUUAGAUAGUCUAAUAUUUAUGCUUCCUUAAUUUGUUCAAUCUAAAUUUGAAUGAAAAUAGUUGAGGAAAUAAAAGCUGCUUUGUAAUAUUGUAAAUAACACAAGUUUGAUGUUUCAUAUACACAUGGUUUCAAAUCAAAUGUCAUCUAAUAAUACUUGUUCCAUU